AUGCUGGAUCGGAAACCUGGCAGAGGGGACCUCCUGGAAAGCCCUGCAGGACCACAUGAACCAGGCCGGAAAGACCACCUGGGUCGAGUGCUUCAGUGGAAAGGGUUCCGGCACCGGCGGCGUGUCCUUCUCAACGGCAGAGGAGGCAGCCAAUGCCAUCACCAUGCUCAACGGGAGCUUGCUGAAUGGCCAGGCCAUCAUGGUGGAUGUGUGGGUGAAGCAGUCCCAGGGUUGAGCGGCGCUCGCGUGAGAGUUCGGUUUUGA